AUUGGUAUAGCCUUCGUGAUAAAUACCUACUCAGCAACACUCCAAGUCGCUCCAGAAAUCUUUGAGGUCACAUUUUAUUACUGAAAUAUCAAGGAGCGAGCUUUUUAGGUCGCUCCAGGGACGGGAACAGCGGUUAAUUUCUUUGCGCUACCUACAUUUAAGGUCCAAUUUCGCGCGAGGGCGUGGAGGUACCCAGUUUCGAGCUCGUUCCCGGGACAGGGAUCGAUGCCUUGUAUCUGGUUUUUUCGGACACUAUACCAACCGGGAGGGGUGAACGAACGGGGUUAUGUAAGGAGGAUCGAUACAGCGGGACAUGCGCGCACCCUUCCAGCAACCCUCGCAUAAUCGUUCGCGCGGGCCGCCGUUACGGACGUGCCGUGUUUUAUUUUUACCGCGUUUUGUUUCCCUUUCGUUCUUUCCGUUUAUGAUUUAAGCCAUCAUGUCGAAGGGCGACGGUGAACAGCAAAAUGGCUCCGGCGAGGAGUCCAAGACCAACCUCAUCAUCAACUACCUGCCGCAGAGCAUGACACAAGAGGAGAUUCGGAGCCUCUUCUCGAGUAUCGGCGAAGUGGAGUCCUGCAAACUGAUACGGAACAAAGGAGCGGCCUUCCCGGACGCUCUCAACCACGCACUGCACGGCGGCGGGCAGAGCCUAGGCUACGCCUUCGUCAACUACCACCGCCCGGAGGACGCGGAGAAGGCCAUCGCCACGCUCAACGGCCUGCGCCUGCAGAACAAGACGAUCAAGGUAUCGUACGCCCGCCCGAGCAGUGAGGCCAUCAAGGGAGCGAACUUGUACGUCUCCGGCCUACCCAAAACAAUGACACAGACUGAGCUAGAGAGAUUAUUCAGCCCGUACGGGCGCAUCAUUACUUCGCGGAUCCUCUGCGAAAACUCCGGAGGGCGGCCCUUCACUGGCGGGGAACAGGGGUUAUCGAAAGGAGUAGGGUUUAUCCGCUUCGAUCAGCGAGUGGAAGCUGAACGUGCGAUUCAGGAGUUGAACGGAACAGUGCCUAAGGGAGCCACGGAGCCCAUCACAGUGAAGUUUGCCAACAAUCCGAGCAACAAUGGGAAGGCGCUGGCUCCGCUCGCGGCGUAUCUGCCGGCUGCGCUGCGCUUCCCGGCUCCUCUGGGGAGAUUUAGCUCAGGCAAGUCCCUUCUAGCUAUCAACAAAGGUCUACAGCGCUACAGUCCGCUGGCCGGCGAGCUGCUGGGCGGCGUGCUGCCGGGCGCCGUGGGCUCGGAGUGGUGCAUCUUCGUGUACAACCUCGCCCCGGAGACGGAGGAGAACGUCCUCUGGCAGCUGUUCGGGCCGUUCGGCGCCGUCCAAAGCGUGAAAGUGAUUCGCGACCUGCAGACGAACAAGUGCAAAGGCUACGGCUUCAUAACGAUGACGAACUACGACGAGGCCGUCGUCGCGAUCCAGUCGCUCAACGGCUACACGCUCGGGAACAGAGUUCUGCAGGUCAGUUUCAAGACAAACAAGAUCAAGACGAUCUAAAUCGUCCCGGACACGGCCUAGCUGGACGCUAGGACGGCACAGCAGGCACGCACCCAUACAUACUCGUUAAUACGGUGGAGGACAUCGCCGCCCAGCCCCGCCGCGAUGGACCUGAUCGGACUGUGUCUUCCCGACUAGACGACCCGCACGCGGGAUAUUUUGUACAUUAAUUGUAUAUUUAAUCGAUUUGCUCAUUGUACCUCUUUGUUCAGCGUUCGCCAUUUCCUCGCAAGUGGGUUAAGUGUUACGGAAAUCAAAAUGGCGGCCCGUUGUACGCGCAUGUCCGGGUGAAAUGGCGACCGCCGACCGGGAGAGCGAGCGCGCAAUAAUAUUAUAAGACGAAGCAUCUAAUGCUCUCAUCGACGACAACCAUACAUAUUAAAUAGUCAAUAACAUUAUGACAAUCGACUUCGCUUAUGAAAGGUUGUGGUUAUCGAGAAAUAGUUUUCGAUUAUAAAUAAAAUAAAUAUUAGCAAUAAUAGCCUAAUGCUAUUCUCACAUAGGCGAUCAUAUCUUACUAAAGGCCGGCUCGGCUCAAAUCGAUAACGUUUGCCAAAUACUUAAUAGGUAUAUUGUCGCUGUAUUCGUCUCAGUCGCUCACAGAUAGCAAAUAUCUAGAUAGUAGACCGGCCGAAGCCUCCGCCGCGAGGCUCGAUCCAACUAAAAUAGAGUUAUUGUUAAAGAUUGGAAAAUAUAUAUUAUCUAUACUUAUAUUUUAAUCAUAUAUUAAUCUAAUUAAGAAUGAAAACUAAUCAAAAACUGUGAUAGGUUUUGAUAAAAUUUUAAAAAUAAAUCUUGAAUGAAAGAUCUCGGGGUGCGAACUGAUUCGGCGUAGAGGGUGGUGUGCACUGGGCCGUUGUAUGCCAUCGCAUACUAUUAUGCCGUUAUGGAAUUGCGUGGCCGUGUACGCCACCGAGGGCGAAGGUAGGUUAGUUUUUGAGAAACAUUUUGAGGUGACUAUAGAAAUGAGAUUACGCUUAGGGCGGUGUCACAAGGCACGCGCUAUCAAAGGAAGAUGGGAAAAUCGAUUCAGCUGGCUGGCGCGGGCGGGGCGCCCCGCGCGCCGCCCGCGCCAGAGCGAGACGGAAGUCGGCUCAAGCCGGUCACGUGGGUGACAAGAAUGGUCCGUUCGCGGAACAAUGGUGCAUACUAGUCUAACGAUAUCGUUUCGUAAAUAAAUCGAUGUCUAAACAUAUUAUGAUCGGUACCUGCUAUAUUAAUAAUGUAUGGAUGCGACCCUGCGUCUAUUCGAAGUAGGCUUUAAUUGUCUUAGUUUAAAUGAAAAUUUGUAAAUAGAAAAAAAGUUGUUUAAAAAUAUAUAAAAUAGAGCUCUCGCGUCAGAUUUGCCACCGAACACAAGUAAUAACUUCAACCCGAAAAAACAUCGAACUUGAAUAGAUAUAUUAUCGUGCCGUCCUAACGACCCUACGAUUUUUGUAAAAAAAUAUAUACUUAAUAAUAUAUGUAAAAACAGUUUUGUAACAUUUCAGAUAUUAAUAAAUAGGUACGCAUUACUUACCAAAGAUGAAGAUUUAAAUUUACAAGUAUUUAUAUAUUUAUUAUAAAUGUAAAACGUGCAAUAACUGAUAGCCAGUAAUUUAAUAAAAAUAUAUUAAACAAAUGACUCGAAGAGGCGUUGGUAGACAUAAUGUCAUGUGGGUUACUACAUGUCAGCCGUUUGUUUACUAUUUAUUGUAAACUUUAUUUAACCGAGCGAGCCACGAUUUCGAUUAAUUUAUAUAAUUAAAAAAUUACAAAAAAAAACGCUUUAUUUGAUCCAGCUUCUAAAAUGCUUAACAUUCCAUUUAGUGAUAAUAUGUUUUAUUAUUAGGUGUAUUGUAUUAAUUUAGAUGAAUUGUGAGUUACCUUCUCGAAACUGGACGUCAUUCGGUCUU